UUUCUAUCAUUCGGUUUUUUUGUUUGUUUGUUCGUUAUUGAUUGUUUACUGAUUUAAGCCCCCCCUUACCAAAAAUAAUGUUCAUCAAAAAGAUUAUUAUUUCAGGAUUUCGUUCCUAUAAAUAUUGUCUAAUCAAUGAUCUAUCACCGGGUCUGAAUAUAAUUGUGGGCACAAAUGGUGCAGGAAAAUCGAAUAUAAUAAUGGCAUUAGAAUUUGUAUUGACAGACAAUUAUUAUCGUCUGAAUGAAGAACAAAGAUUAUUAUUGAUAUGUCAAAAUCGAUCGAUUAAUGAAUCUGCUAAAAUAAUUGAAGCAUUUGUCGAAAUACAUUUCGAUAAUGAGGAUAAAUUUUUUCCCAUCAAUGAAAAAUUGGUCAUUAUCAAACGACAUAUCACCCGUACAAAUGAUAAUUUUUUUAUCAAUGGUAAAUUGACUAAAAACAAUGAAUUGAUAGCCUUUCUGGAAAGUGGUGGUUUUUCUCGUGAUAAUUCCUAUUUCCUGGUGAAACAAGGUCUCGUUUCAGACGUUGCCACAAGCAAUCCAAGUAAAAUUCUCGAUAUAUUACGUACAAUGAGUGGUGCUAAGAAAUUUGAUCAAUCAAAAAUUCAAACAAUGGAAAUUCUCAAAGAAAAUGAUUAUUUUAUCAAACAGAUUGAAUUGAAAAUUCAGCUAAUGGAAGAAAAACUUUCCAUGUUGAAUAUUGAUCCUGAAAUCAUUCAACGAUAUGAACGACUUUCGAAAAUCAAAAAAUAUCUAACAAGUCGAAUAAAACAAAAAGGGCUAGAAGAAUUACGGCAAACUCGGCAAGAUCGUCAACAAGAAUAUGAACAAAAUGUUGAGAAUUUGGAACAUAAUCAGGAAAAUCUAUCAAAUAUUCAGGAACGAUUGGAAGAGAAAAAACAAAAACGUGAAGAAAUACGCCUAGAGAUCGGUGAUUUGAAAACCAAAUUUGAUUCAUCAAAACUUUUAAUGGAAACAUUGCACAAUGAAUUGAGUGAUCUAUGCCAACAACGACAAUCAUUGGAACAGGUUGUUGUUACCGAUACUGAUUUAGAACAAAUAGAUUCAUUGAAAAAUGAAUUGCUGCAAGAUGAUGAAAAAUUGAAUGAUAAAAUUCAUGAAUUGCAAAACUUGUCCAAUAUGGAAAAACAAUUGAAUGAUAAAUUGAAAUCAUUGGAAAGUAAACGUAUGAAUUAUUUGAAUUGGAUCCGAUUGAUGCAAUCGUCAGUUGUUUCAAAUGAACGAAAUUCAUUGAUUUUUCAACGAUUUUUGAAACCUUUGGAUGAACAAAUCCAACAACUACAACAAUGCAUUGCUAAUCUACGAAAUGAAACAUUGGCUAAUUUGAAAUCGGAAAAAUUGAUGCUUGAAAAAUCAUUGAAGAAAAUUUCACAAGAAAAAACGUCACGAUUACAGCGUUUAGAACCGUUGAAACAAGAGUUGGCUGAUUUGAUCAUCGCGAAAAAAUCGAAUAAAAUCAAGUUAUGCGAAAUUAUGAGCCAAUUGACAAAGCUACAAAAAGAAUCAAUUUCAAUCACUAACGAUGUUAAAGAAAUGGAAAAUCGACUUGAUCAUUGUAGUAUGGCAAUAACAACAAAACGUAACAUUCAACAAGUAUUGGAAUCAUUUCAAUCAAAAUUGAAUUCAAAUGAAGAUGUUGAUGAAGAAGAACGAAAACGUGCUGAACGCGUAAUUGAUGGCUAUCAUGGCCAAGUGAUAGAUUUUAUUGAUUUAAUCAAACCGGUCAAUUAUGCUAUGGAAGCAUUAUUGAAGAAUAAUCUGUUUCAACAUGUUGUUUCGAAUGAAAAUGUUUCCAUUGAAAUAUUGAAUGAAAUUUCACGAUUAAAUUUGAUUGGAUCAUUUCAUUUUCUAGCGAUUAAUCGCUUACCACCAUCAACAUCAACAAAUGAAUCAUCGAUUGAACAAAGUGUAAAUAAAUUAUGUGAACCACUUUUCAAUUGUAUUCGUAACAAAGAUCCUGGCAAUGUUGAAAUGGGAAAUGUUCUUCGUCAUAUUUUCGCUUGCUUAUACAUUGGUCGAUCAUUUCAUGAUUGUUGGACAUUGUUUCAAAAGAGCCGGCAUUGUGACUUUGCCACACUCAAUGGUGAAAUGAUUGAUCGUCAUGGUGUUAUUAGGAAAAUUGAUCGAAAUAAGUUGACCAAAUUUGAAAUGUAUCAAAAAUUGUCUGACAGUCAAAAACGUUUGAAAGAAAUUCGUGAACAAAUCCAACAAUUAGAAUCUGAUCGUGAUCGAAUCAUGGAUGAAAAUCUUGAAAUUCAUCGUCAAGAAACAUUGAAAAAACAAGAAUUGGCUUCAUUACAAGAUGGGUUUGAAAGGCAAAACGAUGAUAUUGAAUCGGAAUCUGUUUUGGCGAAAAAACUCGAACAGAUUGAUCAACAAAUUGAAAUGGAAAGAAAAUGUCUGUGUUCAAAUGAAACACGAAUGUCUUGUUUGAUUGAAGAGAAAAAUUUUUGGGAACAUAAAAUCCAAUCAAUACAAUCGGAUCCAAAUGUUUUGCAGCCAGAAAUUCAAGAACUUAAUGAACAAAUUGAAACUUUGAAAUCUGAAAUUCAUCAUACUGUACAUAAACAUAAAAUAACGGAAGAAUUGAUUCAAGAUUUAAAAUUAUCAACACAAAGAUUGAAAACAAAAAUAGAGCAAAUAGAAUAUUAUCAAUCAAAUUUACAAGCAUCGGCAAAAAAAUGCGAAAAAUUUGACCAAUUACAACAACAAUGGACUAAACAAAUUGAAUCGCUUCAUAGAAAAAUUGCUCAAUUCAACGAGAUACUUUCGAAUAAAACACAAAUAAAAUUUGAACUUGACAAUGAAAUUGAACAUUUGGAACAGGAAUGGCAACAAGCAAUGUAUGAAGUGGAAUUGUUACGAAAAUCAUUUCAGACUAAAGAAGAUGGCUGUAAAAAUAUUGAUUCACAGAUUCAAGAUAUUAUGGUCGAUAUAGAACAAGCUGGAUUGUUUUCAAAUGAUUUUUUACGAGAUCUUGAUAGUCAAUAUCGUAAUUUAAACACUACAAGCCAAAUGAAUAAAGCAGUAAGAAAUUUGAAUCGUCAAUUAAAUGAUUUGAUUCCUGGUGGAAAAAUUAAUCAUAGUCUAUUGGGAGAAUAUCAUGAACAUCGUCAAACGAUUGAUAAUUUGAAAAGCGAAAAAGAAAAUCAAAUUCGUAGUGCAGAAAAAAUCCAUCAUCUAAUGCGAAUGGUUGAAGGCCAAAAGAAUGAAAUCAUCAUGCGUACCUAUAAACAGGUUAAUUUUUAUUUUCAAGAAAUUUUCAAACGAUUUGUACCAAAUGGUGCAGCUUUUUUACAAUUCAUCACUCGUCAUCAUACUGAUCAAAAUAUGUCAUCAACAACAAUCGAAACUUCAUCAACCUCAAAUAAUUCAACUGAGAUUACUAUGAGAAGUGAAACAUUGACGGAACCAUCAUCAUUGUCAUCAUCAUUCAAUUCAAGUUCUUUGGGAUCAUCAGCAGAUCAAUCCUCAAUCAUCGACAGUGUUGAUUCAUUCGCUGGCAUCGAAAUUUUGGUAUCGUUUGAGGAAAAGAACGAACCAAAACAGGAUUUAAUGUCGCUUUCAAGUGGUCAAAAAACGCUAGUUUCCAUGGCUUUUGUUCUUGCAUUACAACAAGUUGAUCCAACACCAUUCUACAUAUUUGAUGAAUUGGAUCAAAAUCUUGAUCCACAAAGUACUGAACUUAUUGCAAACAUGAUUCAAACACAGGUUUCACCACAACCACAACAACGACAUAAACAAUUCAUUGUGACUACAUUUAAAACAAAAUUGGUUGAACAUUCUGAUCGAUGUUUCGGUGUCAAAUAUGUUAAUGGGCUUAGCCAAGUGCAACGUAUUAGCAAAGAAUCGGCUUUGAAAUUUUUAUCACCGAUAACUGAACAACAGAAUAACAAUUGAAUUAAACCAAUUAUAUCCAACAUAUCAACAUUCUUUCGACAAUUGAAUAAAUUAAUUUUAUUUUCAAUAAUCAA